AUAUUAGACACUAGACCUGACCAGAUAUGGCUAGAUAUUCAUUUAUAUUUUUCAUAUUUGGGGUUUGGAAAUUUAUAGAGGCAACAUCACCCUAUAAAGUCCCACAAUGUCCUGGAACACCACCUCUCAAAUGUCCGAAGUUAUUUGUCAAUAAAUGUGGCCAUCUGAAUUCGUGUCCAAAAGGUCAAGUAUGCUGUCCAUUUGCUACGCCAAGAGAAUGUGGCAAGAAGUGUAUUAAUGUCGGAGGACCACCAUCACUACCGCCGCCGCCGCCGCCACCACCACCACCACCACCACCACCACCACACGUGGGUAUACCACCACCACCACACGAUGUAUGUCAACUUCGUAAAGACCCUGGACCAUGUAAAGGUUCUAUUCCGAGGUUUUAUUACGACCAUAGAAGAAUGAAGUGUCGUAAAUUUAUAUAUGGAGGUUGUAAAGGAAACGCCAAUAAUUUCCUCACAAAACACAGCUGCAACAAAGCGUGCAGCAAAGUGUAUGACUGUUACGCACCAAUAACCAAAGGAACUUGUCAUAAACAUAUUAGACGUUGGGGCUACGAUAAAACGAAAAAACAGUGUGUCCGUUUCUGGUAUUCAGGCUGCGGCGGUAACAGCAACAACUUUCCAAGUAAACAUGACUGCAAAAGAUAUUGCAGAACACACUAUAAACCAUGUCCACAAAUCAAAUGCCACUUACAAUGUUCAAAUGGGUACGACACCGAUUCUCAUGGGUGUAAGCUUUGUAAAUGCAAACCAAUAACAUACGACUGUAAGAAAGUAUACUGUAAAACCAACUGCUUGAAUGGAUACAAGAAAGAUUCCAAUGGGUGCGAUACGUGCGACUGUAACACAUGGGAAUGUAAGAAACCGUACUGUCGUCGCCAUUGCAAACAUGGGUAUGUGAAGGACAGUCACGGAUGUCCAACAUGUAAAUGUAAACCAUGGGUUUGUCCACUAAUAAAAUGUCCUACACCAUGUCCACAUGGGUAUGUAAAAGACAGUCAUGGAUGUCAGACUUGUAAAUGCAAACCAUGGGUUUGUAACCCAGUACAUUGUACUGAACUAUGUCCACAUGGGUAUGAGAAGGACAGUCAUGGAUGUCAAACAUGUACCUGUAAAGUAUAUGAAUGUCCGAAGAAAACAUACUGCACUAAACCAUGUCCUCAUGGAUAUGUGAUCGACAGUAACGGUUGUCAGACCUGUGAAUGUAAAGAUUAUGUUUGUCCUAAAAAGGCAUACUGUCCUAAACCAUGUCCUCAUGGAUAUGAGACGGAUGGUCACGGAUGCGAAACAUGUAUAUGUAAAAAGUAUGUCUGUCCUAAAAAAACCUACUGUCCUAAACCAUGCCCAUAUGGGUAUGAGACGGAUAGCCACGGAUGCGAAACAUGUAUAUGUAAAAAGUAUGUCUGUCCUAAAAGACCAUACUGUCCUAAACCAUGCCCACAUGGGUAUGAGACGGAUAGUCACGAAUGCGAAACAUGUAAAUGUAAAAAGUAUGUAUGUCCUAAAAAACCAUACUGUCCUAAACCAUGCCCACAUGGAUAUGAGACGGAUAGUCACGGAUGCGAAACAUGUAAAUGUAAAAAGUAUGUCUGUCCGAAAAAAACAUACUGUCCUAAAAAAUGUCCAGAUGGGUAUGAGCUUGACAGUAAUGGAUGUGAGACAUGUAAAUGUAAAUGUUAUCCAAAACCAUGUCCCAGACCCUGUCCUAAUGGUGUCGUGAAAGACAUUUACGGAUGUGAUACAUGUGAAUGUAAAUGUUUACCAAGACCAUGUCCUAAGCCCUGUCCUCAUGGUGUGGUGAUCGACAUUUACGGAUGUGACACAUGUGAUUGUAAACCAUGUCCUAAAAAACCAUACUGUCCUAAACCCUGUCCUUAUGGAUAUGAGACGGAUAGUCACGGAUGUGAGACAUGUACCUGCAAAAAGUAUGUUUGUCCUAAAAAACCAUACUGUCCUAAACCCUGUCCUCAUGGAUAUGAGACGGAUAGUCACGGAUGUGAGACAUGUACCUGCAAAAAGUAUGUUUGUCCUAAAAAACCAUACUGUCCUAAACCCUGUCCUCAUGGAUAUGAGACGGAUAGUCACGGAUGUGAGACAUGUACCUGCAAAAAGUAUGUUUGUCCUAAAAAAACAUACUGUACUAAACCCUGUCCUCAUGGAUAUGAGACGGAUAGUCACGGAUGUGAGACAUGUACCUGCAAAAAGUAUGUCUGUCCGAAAACGCCAUAUUGUUCUAAACCAUGUCCUCAUGGAUAUGUAAUCGACAGCAACGGUUGUCAGACCUGUGAAUGCAAACCAUGGGUGUGUACUAAACCAUCUUGUGAGAAACUGUGUAACUAUGGCUAUUGGUUGGACAAUCAUGGGUGCCAAACAUGUAAAUGUAAACCAUAUAUUUGUAAAAAACCUGAUUGUCCAAUAACAUGUCUCCAUGGAUACGAGAUGGACAGUAAUAAAUGCCAAACAUGUAAAUGUAAACCAUAUGGUACUUCAGUAGUGCAACAAUGUCCUCAAAUACAUCCAUUUAAAUGUCCAAAGUUAUAUGUGAAUAAAUGUGGCCACCUGAAUACUUGUCCAAAAGGUCAAAAUUGUUGUCCAUUUGCAUCCCCUACUGCAUGUGGUAAACACUGCGUUGGCGGUGGAGGUCCAGCGCCGCCACCACCACAUCCACAGGUGCCACCACCAACAACAGGAGAUGUUUGUAGCCUGCCCAAGAGUAGAGGUCCAUGUCGUGGCCAUAUAAACAGAUACUUUUUUGACACUCACAGAAGAAGAUGUCACAGAUUUUCUUAUGGGGGAUGCAAAGGAAAUGGAAACAAUUUUGCUUCCCACCAGGAAUGUCAAAAGCGUUGUUAUACAGGAUACACCUGUGACGCACCAAUCGUGAAAGGCACCUGUCAGUGGCACGCUCGACGUUGGGGAUAUGAUAAACAGAAAGGAAGAUGUAUUCUGUUUUGGUACUCUGGGUGUGGUGGCAAUGGUAAUAACUUCCCAAACAGACGAGACUGUAACAAACAAUGCAAAAGACACAAUCCUCACACACAUUGCAAGCCAACUUACUGUAAAUGUAGAUAUGGUCAAACUUACGAGACAGAUAGCAACGGAUGUAAAAUUUGUAAAUGUAAACCCUCGCCUUGUCUGCCAUACGCAUGCCCGAAAACGUGCAACAAUGGUUAUGAUUAUCAGACAGACAGUAACGGAUGCAAGAUUUGUAAAUGCAAGCCUUGGACAUGCAAGCCAACGUAUUGCCCUAAAUGCCGAUAUGGUGUAACUUAUGAGACAGAUAGCAAUGGUUGCAAAGUUUGCAAAUGCAAAUCAUAUGAAUGCAAAAAAACGUAUUGCCCUAAAUGCCCACAUGGGGUUGAGUAUAUAACGGAUAGUCACGGAUGCAAAGUUUGUAAAUGCAAAUCAUAUGACUGCCCACCACCAUCUUGUCCUAUCUACUGUCCACAUGGCGUCGAAUACUCAACAGAUAGUCACGGAUGCAAAGUUUGUAAAUGCAAAACAUAUGACUGCCCACCACCAUCUUGUCCCGAAAAAUGUCGCUAUGGCGUCGAAUACUCAACAGAUAGUCACGGAUGCAAAGUAUGUAAAUGCAAAACCUAUGACUGCCCACCGCCAUCAUGCCCUCUUGACUGUCCACAUGGCGUCGAAUACUCAACAGAUAGUCACGGAUGCAAAGUUUGUAAAUGCAAACCAUAUGACUGCCCGCCACCAUCUUGUCCAAAAUAUUGUAAAUAUGGCGUCGAAUACUCCAUAGAUAGUCACGGUUGCAAAGUUUGUAAAUGCAAAUCAUAUGACUGCCCACCACCAUCAUGUCCAAAACAUUGUCCAUAUGGCAUCGAAUACGUAACAGAUAGUCACGGAUGUAGAGUUUGUAAAUGCAAAUCAUAUGACUGCCCACCGCCAUCUUGUCCAAAACACUGUCCAUAUGGCGUCGAAUACGUAACAGAUAGUCACGGAUGCAAAGUUUGUAAAUGUAAAACCUAUGUGUGCCCAGCAUCGACUUGUCCUAUCUUCUGUCCACAUGGAGUCGAAUAUGUCACGGAUAGUCACGGAUGCAAAGUUUGUAAAUGCAAACCAUAUGAAUGUCCAUUAACUUCGUGUCCUAACAACUGUCCACAUGGCACCGAAAUAGUAACAGAUAGUCAUGGUUGCAAAAUAUGUAAAUGUAAAACCUAUGUCUGCCCAGCAUCGUCCUGUCCUAUUUACUGUCCACAUGGUGUCGAAUAUGUCACAGAUAGUCACGGAUGCAAAGUUUGUAAAUGCAAAUCAUAUGAAUGCAAGAAAACGUAUUGCCCUAAAUGCCAAUAUGGUGUUAUCUAUGAUACAGAUAGCAACGGAUGCAAAGUUUGUAAAUGUAAACCAUAUGACUGCCCAGAAACAUCGUGUCCUAUCGACUGCCCACAUGGCACCGAAAUAGUAACAGAUAGUCAUGGUUGCAAAAUAUGUAAAUGCAAAACCUAUCAAUGCCAAACAUCGACUUGUCCCAUCUUCUGUCCACAUGGAGUCGAGUAUGUCACGGAUAGCAACGGAUGCAAAGUUUGUAAAUGCAAAACCUAUCAAUGCCAAACAUCAUCUUGUCCUAAGCACUGUCCUUAUGGCGUCGAAUACGUAACAGAUAGUCAUGGCUGCAAGAUAUGCAAAUGUAAAUCAAAGACAUGUAAAGCUACUUACUGUCCGCCUUGUAAAAAUGGAGUGACAUACGAUACUGACAGUCAAGGAUGUAAAGUAUGUAAGUGUAAGUCUGGUGUUGGAGGCUGUCCACCAAACGCCAAUCCACAUCCAUUUUGCCCACAUGGUUUCCAGGCCCAAUGCUUUUCAGACAGUGACUGUACUCCUCCUAAGAAAUGUUGUCGAACAGGAUGCAGUAAUCAAUGCGUCGCUCCAUAUGGAAAAUAGAGUAGUUUUCGUGGUAUCCAGCUGCCAUUACAGAAAAACUAUAAAACCUUGAUUGAAACAAAUAAAAUUUACCCAAAAUCA